CUGGAUCCCACUGUUGGGCUGAGCCUCUAAGCCUCCUUAGACCUUCUGGAAGACGACCAGAAGCAGCCGCGGGGAAGAGCCUAGCAUCUGCAGCCAGCCGCCACUAGGCCCCGCCCAGCAGCAGCGGAGCAGGGCCGCGCCCGGGACCGCUGCAGAGCGGGGGCUUCUGUUCAGCCUUUUCCAGGUGCUCAACCACUUCCGCCUUCGCAGCGUGAUCUUUCCCCUUCCAGUCUUCGGUUAAGACAGCAGCCAUGCCGGUAACAGUAACCCGCACCACCAUCACGACUACAACGACAUCAUCCCCCACUAUUGUGGGGUCCCCUCGGGCACUGACGCAGCCCCUGGGCCUCCUCCGUCUCCUGCAGCUAAUCUCCACUUGUGUGGCUUUCUCACUGGUAGCCAGUGUGGCUGCUUGGACUGGGCCCAUGGGUAACUGGGCCAUGUUCACCUGGUGUUUCUGCUUUGCUGUGACCCUCAUCAUUCUUAUCGUGGAAUUAGGUGGACUCCAGACCCGCUUCCCCCUGUCAUGGCGAAACUUCCCCAUCACCUAUGCCUGCUAUGCAGCUCUCUUCUGCCUGUCGUCCUCCAUCAUAUAUCCCACUACCUAUGUGCAGUUCAUGGCUCACGGACGUACCCGGGACCACGCCAUCGCUGCCACCACCUUCUCCUGUGUCGCCUGUUUGGCCUAUGCCACUGAAGUGGCUUGGACUCGUGCAAGGCCUGGUGAGAUCACUGGCUACAUGGCUACGGUGCCAGGGCUGCUCAAAGUCUUCGAGACCUUUGUAGCCUGUAUCAUCUUUGCCUUCAUCAGCGAACCGUUUCUGUACCAGCAAAAGCCGGCCCUGGAGUGGUGUGUGGCAGUCUAUGCCAUCUGCUUCAUACUAGCUGGGGUGACCAUCCUGCUCAACCUGGGGGAUUGUACUAACAUGUUGCCCAUCCCUUUUCCCACCUUCCUGUCAGGCCUGGCCUUACUGUCUGUCCUCCUGUAUGCCACUGCCAUUGUCCUCUGGCCCCUCUACCAAUUUGAUCAGAGGUAUAAUGGCUACCCCCGGCGUUCCUUGGAUUCCAGCUGCGCUUAUACACACCCGCACUCGGUGUGUUACUGGGACCGCCGACUGGCGGUGGCCAUCCUGACAGGUGUCAACCUGCUGGCGUACGUGUCUGAUCUGGUGUACUCCACUCGUCUGGUGUUUGUCAAGGUCUGAGGUUAACAAGGGGCUCCCCUCCCCGUCCCUUCUUGCGGCCUCUUCAUCUGAUUACCUAAGAUUUUGGUACCGUGCUAUUUCCUCUUCCUACUUCCCUCCUAUUUGCUCUUUCUCCUAUGUAUUCUUCCUGACUUAAUGUUCCCUUUCCUUGUUUCUUUUUCUUCCCUUUCCUCUUCCUGUUUGCUUCCCCAUAUCCUGUUUUGCCCCUGAACUGUCUCCACAGCUUUCUGCCUUACUUCUUUCGUAUUCUUGUUUCUGCCUGUUUUCCUGGGAGCCCUCAGAAUUCUUGCUUUCUCUCCCUCACUCCUCAAAGGUGCUGGCCCCACACAUCCCAUACUUCUUUGCAGUUCUUCACCCCAUGGGCCUCUUUUGGGGCCUCAUUGCCAAAGCAUGUCUGCCUGCCUGCCUGCCUGCCUUAGCUGUGCCUUAGUAUGUGUGUGUGUUAAAGUGGUUGGGGAGCAGGCUGUAUAUUGUGCCUCUCCUUUAAGUUCAAAACCCUGGAGGUCAGUGAUUCCCGGUAGCCAGGAGUCAUUAAGCAGAGAGCCUGUCUCUACCUGUCACUCAGUUUUGCUUAAAAUUGGCUCUUGAAUUUUUACCAGAUUUCCUGAAAACCUGUCUAUCCUAGAUGAAGCAAAGGAUGGAUGCCUUUUGCUGAAUUAUUCUCUGUGCUAUCCAAAAAAACAAGCAUAAAAAACAUCAAACAAAAAUCCACCAAAAUAGCCACAUGGUCUUAAAGACAACUCUGAAGUAUUUCUGAGGGACAGUCAUGGUACCCUCCUAUCUCAGUGUUAAAAAUAACAUGACCUGCUUUAGCAUGGAGAAGAAAAACGGCCUUUGCCAGCCUUAAAGGCAUUAUGAGCCUCUUUGAUUUUUUUUUUCCUGAAUA